ACGCCAUGACUUGAUUUUAAAGCUCUGCUAAAAACCAACAAAUGUUUGGAAGAUUUUAGGAAGAAGCAGCUGAAACUUUUGGUGAGUCGAACUGCUGAAAUAAUUAAAUACAAAAUGGCAGAGAGAGCUCUUCUUGAGGAGUUUCUGAGCUGCCAUGUUUGUUCAGAGACGUUCAGAGAUCCUGUGUCUCUGAGCUGCAACCACAGCUUCUGUUCAAGCUGCCUGCAGAAAUUCUGGGAACAAACUGGAAACAAGAAUUGUCCCAUCUGCAAAAGGAAAUCUUCUAAGGAUUCACUAAUAAUUAACUUCACUCUGAAGGACCUGGCUGAUUCUUUUACUGGAAGACAGAAAUCUGAAUCCUCAGAGACAGAAAAAGGAGGAAAGCAGCUGAUGGUCUGCAGUAAACACCAAGAAGACCCUAAACUGUUCUGUGAAGACGAGCAGAGAGCUGUGUGUCCUGUCUGUGAGUUUUCUCUCCACCAGAGUCACAAAGUGGUUCCUAUUGAACAAGCAGUCAGAGAUCUGAAGCAGCAGCUGAAAUCGGACUUAGAGUCUCUGCAGGACAAGAGGAACAAACACAAACAGGUGGAGAAAACAUACGAUGAUGUGAUUCAACACUCCAAGAAGCAGCUGCUGUCCACAGAGAGACAGAUCAGAGCAGAGUUCAACAAGCUCCACCAGUUCCUGAGAGAGGAAGAGGAGUCCAGACUGGCAGCUGUGAGGGAGGAGGAGGAGCAGAAGAGGAAGACUAUCAGCAGAGAGAUGAAGAGGAUUGAGGAGCAGAUCUCCUCUCUGUCAGACAGCAUCUCUGCUGUUGAAGAAGAGCUGCAGAAAGACAACGUGUCGUUCCUCAGCCGUUAUAAAGACACUCAGAGCAGAGCCAGAGGUCAGAGGUCACUGCCAGACCCACAGCUGGUCCCAGGAGCUCUGAUAGAUGUGGCCAAACACCUGGGCAACCUGUCCUUCAGAGUCUGGGAGAAGAUGAAGGACAAGGUGAAGUUCAGUCCCAUCAUUCUGGAUCCAAACACUGCAAAUGGAUGGAUGCACCUGUCUGAUGAUCUGACCAGGGUGAGACGUUUGGACGCAGAGCAGCAGCUUCCUGAUAAUCCAGAGAGAAACUCUGGAUAUGCCAAUGUGUUUGGUUCUGAGGGCUUCAGCUCAGGGAAACACAGCUGGGAGGUGGAGGUGGGAGAUCAUCCUGACUGGAUAGUCGGUUUAGUUAAAGAGUCUGUUGACAGGAAGGGAAAGAUUUCUUCUUCACCAGAAAAUGGGAUCUGGUGUUUGCUGCAUCGUGAUGGAAAAUACACCAACGGUGACGGUGAGACUGUGACAGUGAUGAAGAGUCUCCAGAGGAUCAGAGUCCAGCUGGACUAUGACAGAGGGCAGGUUUCCUUCUACGACUGUGAAGAAAAGAGUCACAUCUACACUCACAGAGACACUUUCACUGAGAAACUCUUCCCUUACGUUUAUGUUUUUGAUGCUGCUGAUGCCAAAACUCGUGAUAUCAAAAUCUGUCAACCUGAGAUUUCAUUCUACAGGUAAUAGUUGUGAUUCUUAUUUCUUAUUUUAGAUAUGCAUUUCUGUUUUGGAACCUUUUGGAACAUUCUGGAUCAUUUUCAAACUUUUUGGAUUUCGAUCUGUAAAAAUCGAUCAGAGUUUACAGGUGAAAUAUACAUUUAAGAUUCACAUUUAAAAUAUGUUCUUACUUGAGCAAAAUUAUGAAAAAAUAUAUUUGUAUUUUUUUUAAUGUAAAUAUUUUUGUUUUCUUGUUAAAAUGAGAGAACAUGGUGUAAAAUAUCAGCUGUGAGGAGCAAGACAGUGAGACUGUGUUUUUAUUGUAAUUAUGAAAUGUACAAAAUUGUUCGGAUAAUAUUUCUUUAACUGGAGCAAAUAUUUCAUGAUCAUAAUGUGUUUAAUGCAGUAAACUGUAAUUUAAACAAUGAUAAUUAUUCUUAGUUUGUUUUUAACUGUUUUGUAAAAACUGUUCAGAAGUUCAGGACUGGUUCUUGGUGUCAGUUUUGUUUUUAAUUGUUGUGACGAUUCACAACAAUUACCUGUUAUAAUAGUCCAGUGAUAAGUUAUGUUGACCAAAUGCUGUAGAUUUCAAAUGAUUUGUUUCCUGAAACAUUUAUUUAUCAGAACCAGUUAAUUUUCAACAGCAGAUGUUUUCUAACAGCAGUUUGUCAGAAAUGUUCUCCUGAACAGAUCCGCCAUGAUCUCUGAUCUCUGAUCUCUGCAUGAUUCACAUAACAGACAGGAGUCACAGCACAAAGCAUAGAAAUCUGUGGCUCAUCUUCAUCGGAGAAUUACAGUAAAAAUAUUAAUACUGUCAUAAAACUCAAUACGGAGCUUUCUGCUGUCUCCCUGUAAUGUCUGCUGAUAUAGAAACACUGAACUGAAUGUUUCCUGCUUGCAGAAUAAAAAGGCUUCAGUCUU